ACGCACCUUGUCACCUUUGGCGGACACCUCCGGCUCGGCGGCCCGCUCCAUCUCCAGCUGUUCGUAGCGGAGGAGCGAGGCGGUGAUCCGGACCUCGGUUGGAUCCAGGCUGGGGGACACCGUCACCUCUACACGGCGACUCUGAGGAAACGCACGGGGACGGGAGGUGAAUACCGACGCUAGAGUCGGAGCGGGUAGGCCCGCAACCGUGGGAAGCCCGCCAGCAAAUACACCGGUCAGUGACGUGAAAAAGAGGAUAGUAAUAAGCAUGGGAAAUAUUAUUUUGCGGAAAAUAUCGUGGUUUUCGGAUUUUCUGUUACCACAUAGCGUGUCUUUUGCUAAUGUCUAGCAGUGAAGCCUUGGAUGUGUGUCCAAAAACAAACUUCCCAGUGCCGUGGUAUAUCAAAUCGCUAAAAUUCUACGGACAUGAAAUGGUGCCUCACAGCUUGCACAAGACAUUAUCACCGAGUCUGAGAACUGGGUGAUCUCAGUCACCCGGGACUUCUUCUGAGCGCCUUGUUCAUCACGGGGAUUCCAAAAACCGACCACCAGCUUCUUCGAACCAGAAGAAAUCAUCCCGAGCCCCACAAACUUUCCCCGGGGCAGCCGGUAAGCCCACACAUCAGCCGGGCUCCACCUCUCCACACCGGCCGACUUUUGGCAGCACGUCUGUCCCAGCACCGACGGAAUAGUGGCGCCAAACCGGUUUCGCGCCAUCUCCGCAUCUGUGGGAGCCGUGCGGGGCUCAGACCGGCGCGGGGCACAGCGCUACUGGGCGAGUAGUCGGCGGAGUGGCGGCGGGAGGGCAGUUUAUAGGGUGCGCUGGGACGGUGGUCACUGCCACUUCUCCGCCCGGGCACUGAGAGGAGCGCGCUGGGAGAGGUGACGAGAGUGCUACGAGUUGAUAUGAAGUUCCGCCCGUGUUCACUGCUGCUGCUGCUGCUCACAGCUCAGCCACCUCCCUCCACCGGCCAGUCCACCCCACGGGUGGUAUGUUUCUACGAGAACUGGGCACGGUACCGUCCCCCGCUGGGUCGAUUCCUGCCCACCAAUAUCCCACCGCACCUCUGCACCCACAUCCACUAUGUGGGAGCCGGGGUGCACGCCGAGACACUGCGGGUCGGACCGCUGGACGUGUUCGCUGAUAUUGUCACCGGCGGCUACAGGAGCACAGUGGAGCUCCGCAAGCACAACCCCGAUCUAAAGGUGCUGCCGAUGAUCGGCGGCAGCGGACAGCAGCAGGAUUCGCUCCGCGCCGCCGCCGCGACCGCCGAGAGCCGCAAACAGCUCGCAGAGGCGGCGGUGGAAUUCCUCCGAGAGCACGAUUUCGACGGACUGGAUGUGGACUGGAAGCCGCCGCACGCGCCUGAGGACCACGCCGGUCUGCUGGAGGCACUACGGGCGGCGUUUGACCGCGACACGGCCUCCACGGGACGCCGGCGGCUGCUGCUGGCCGUCGAGCUGACUCCACAUCCAGACGAGCUGCGGGAGCACUUUGACAUGAAGCGGGUGACGGCUGCGGUGGACUACGCCAACGUUCUGGGUUACCGAUACCAGGUGACGGAGAGGAGCGUCACCUCUCAUCACGCGCCGCUGCGGACCCCGCCCGGAGCACCUCCCGACGCCGCCGGACGCGAUAUCCUGACCACCCUCGAGACGCUCAAACAGAUGGGCGCAGACAUGGCAAAGCUAAACCUCGCCGUGCCUACAUUCGGAAUGAGUUUCACCCUGGAGGAUCCCCGGCUCGCCGGUCUGUACGCUAGCUCGUCUGGACCCGGUGCUGCCGGACCCAUCACUCGUGCCAAAGGAUCUCUGGCUACGUACGAGAUCUGUGACAAGACGGGUCGGAGGGGCUGGACGGCGGCGCGGCCGUUCCCUCAGGAUGUGGGACCGUAUGCCGCCGGUGAGGACCAGACGGUUGCCUUCGACGACGAGACGUCACUUAUGAUGAAGGCUCGCAUGGCUCGGGAGGCGGGUCUGGGCGGAGUCGCCGUCUGGACGGUCUCUCUGGACGACUUCCGCGGGUUCUGUACCGGUGAGCCGUUCCCUAUGAUCCGUGCUCUCAAGGCUGGAAUGUUGGGUAUCGGCGAGUCCGGUCUGCCGACAACACCAGUGCCGCCCACAACUCCCGCCUACGACGCCAGUGAUAUCUUUGUGUGUCCAUCCGACGGGAAGCACGCGGCGUCCGACUGCGAGCACUUCUACCUCUGCAGCGGCGGGCAGCCGGAACUGUUCAGCUGUCAGGAGGGCGAGACUUACGACGAGGAGCUGCGAGCGUGCCGUCCCGGCGGCCGCUGUACGCCCCAGCCGGCCGCGCGGGUGGCAGGGUUCGGCCCCACCCCCACCCCCACCCAGUCCCCCGCCCCCUCCGCGGGGGGCAGAAGACGCCGGCCGCUGACACCGCGGCGGCGGGGUCCGUCAGCCGGCCCGAUCAGCUUCUAUACAUUCGGAUAGUGUUCACCGGGAUCGUAGUUAGUCGUGAGGCUGUUUUGAAAACUCGACUAUUACAUGUAUCAGCUAUACAAUAACGCGUAAACAGUCAGUAUGCAUAUGUUGAAGCAAUAACACGGUUUUUGCCAAUCUUGAAAUGCCUGUACCAUGUACUGUGCAGUAUGCACUGUACAUAGGUAUGCGUUAUGCAAUAUAUCACAGUGAAUCAU